UUUGAUUUUGUUCAAUUGAAAACUGUUGUUUACUCUGAAACAUUGCUGUUUUCAACCUUUCAUCACUUUCCAUUCCCUUCUUCCCUGGUUUUCCUUUCUAAAUGUCCAAUCGCAGCUGACAAGACAAAACACAAAUCACAAAUUCUUCAACAAACAAUUCUUCCAGCAAAAAACAAUAGCAAAAUCUGAACAGAUCCAUCCAUUAUAACAAACUAUAUUCACAACAAAUCAAUCAAUAGGAAAAAUCUGAAUAACAUUCAGUAAAGUCGAGAGCAAUAAUUUACGAAAUGAAAUGGAAGAUCUACGUAACAAAUUAGAUCCAUGAUGACAAUUUUUUAAUCUCCCAAACAAAGGAAAAGAAAAUUCUGCUUUUGAUUUCUAUUAUUAUUUUUAAUCCUUUCAUGUUUUCCAUCUCCACCGAACAUUGUGAACACAUCCAAAUUUGCCCUCCCAGCCGAAAUAGCAGGUGGAAGAGCCUCUAUAGCCCUGAAAUGACUGGUUAGCAGGGGUUUCCUGCGAAAUUUGCCGGUCUUCUAACAACCUCAACUGAAAGUAAUGUGCUAAACUAAAUUAACUAAUUUUAUUUUUAGAAAAAAUCUCCUGGCUUCCCUGUGUUUUUGCUUUGUAAACAAAAUUUUUGACCACUUUUCCAAGGAAUUCUCUUUCUUGCCGACACUUUCUUCUUCAAAAUUCUCCGAACAUCUUUUUGAUUUCUUUUUCUUUUUCCUUUCUUUUUCAAUUUUUAUUCACAAAUAAACCCAUUUUUGCUUAAGUGAUAUUAAUCGUCAGCGAACCACUCCUGCCUUUAAUUUAUUGAUUAAAAUGAUCACGACAAGAAGUGGAAUAGUUCUUAUGGAGAAUAAAUUUGCAGAAUUUAUGCAAAUUCAAGGAAGAGUAGAAUCUACAGAUGCUUUGAUAUUUUGGAAGUGAAGAAUCAAGUACAAGACGGAAUUAAGGUGAAAAAAAAAAAAAAAAGAUGCCAUCUGAGGAGGAAGCUCAAGCUUUUGAGAGAAGGAAUGUGUUAGUUGGGAUAAGAAUUGAUAAGCAUAGCAGAGAACUGCUAAACUGGGCUCUUGUGAAGGUUGCUGAGCCUGGAGACUCUGUUAUUGCAGUUCAUGUUUGCCGAAGUUCCAGAGCUGCUUUGAAGGACAAACCCUCGUUGGAUAGUUAUUUAGAAGUAUACGAUGGCUUAUGUUCCUUAAAGAAGGUAGAUCUUAUAGGUCAGGUCAGCACAGGAAUUUCAGUUCAGAGGACUCUGGUUAGAGAGGCGAAGAUUCAUAAUGCUGUGGCUUUAGUUGUAGGGACCAACAACCAAAGUACUCUAGGGAGUUGGACUUCCACUGCUGGUUAUUGUGCUAAGCGACUGCCUCCAACCACUGAUGUUUUGGCCGUCCACAAUGGAAAAAUCUUGUUUGGAAGGUGCAACAAUAAUCAACUACCAGGCUUCCGCGGAGAUCCAAAACCAAGUCUAAAUCUACAUGAAAGUCCCUUGUCAGAUGAUGUCCGGUCAGAAUUUGGAGAUUCUGAGGUAGAUACUGUAACAUCUAGUUUUGAAGUGCUAACUAGAUGUGAAAGUGAAGACUCAAAGGAUGAAGUUCCAAGCCUUCCACAUGAACUUAAGAAGAGACCAACUGCUCAUUUUACAGGAGAUAUUUUGGAUCAGAGGCCUGGUUGGCCACUGCUCCGGAGAGCAAGUUCAGCUAGUCCGGGGACCCUGCAGGCAAGGGGAUUGUCCGUGGUGCAAUGGGCAUUGAGUUUACCAAUUCGUUGGCCACAUAAAAAUUCUCUAGGUUCAAGUGUAGAGAGAUCAUCAGAAGGGGAGGGAAGUGACUUCUUGGAAGAGAGCAAUAGAAUUAGUUCUUACGGAUCUGGAGAACUGCACUAUAGCUUGGAGAUUCUUCUAAAAACAAAUUUUUCUAACUGCAAGUGGUUCAAUUAUGAGGUCCUGAAAACUGCAACUUCAAACUUUUACUCAGGAAACUUGAUUGGCAAAGGAGAAUGUAAUUGUGUGUACAAGGGGAUUCUUCCAGAUGGCAAGUCAGUGGCAGUAAAGAUUCGAAAGUCAUCCCCAGUAGCCAGGAAAGACUUUGCUCAAGAAGUUGAAAUAAUCUCCUCAGUGAACCACAAGAACAUUAUGCCUCUCGUCGGGGUUUGCAUCAGAGAUACUGAUCUCAUUUCUGUUUAUGAUUUGUUCUCCAAGGGAAGCUUAGAGGAAAAUUUAUAUGGUAAUAAAAAAGACAAAUCUGUAUUAUCAUGGGGACUGAGGUUUAAAAUUGCUGUCAAAAUUGCUGAAGCCUUAGCUUACAUGCACGAUGAAUGUUCACCGCCUAUUAUUCACAGAGAUGUCAAAUCUUCGAACAUUCUUCUUUCGGAUGAUUUCGAACCACAGUUAUCUGAUUUUGGGCUGGCAAUUUGGGGACCAACAACUUCAUCUUUUAUGACUCAAAGUGACGUCGUCGGAACGUUUGGAUAUCUUGCUCCUGAAUAUUUCAUGUAUGGAAAGGUCAGUGACAAGAUUGAUGUGUAUGCUUAUGGUGUAAUUCUACUUGAGUUGUUAUCAGGAAGAAGACCAAUUGCUUAUGAAACUCUUAAUGACCAGAAGAGCUUGGUGAUGUGGGCAAAACCAAUGUUAGACAGUGGAAAAGCAAGAGACAUAAUAGAUCCAAAUUUAGAAGAAAACUUUGAUGAAGCUCAAAUUCAAAGAAUGGUUCUUGCAGCCAAACUUUGCAUUACAAGAUCAGCUAGGCUACGUCCUAAAAUGAUUGAGGUUUUGAAGCUCCUGAUAGGGGAUAAAGAUGCAUUAACUUGGGCAAACGUUCAAAACGAGGAUCUAGAUGAUAAUGAAAACCAAGAGGCAAAUGAUGAUGAAGUUUAUCCAAAUUAUAGUGCAGAGUUACAUUUGAAUCUUGCAUUGCUUGACUUGGAUGAUGAUUCUAUAUCAUUUAGUAGUGUGGAGCAAGGGAAUAGUAUCUCUAUGGAGGAAUACUUGAAAGAUAGGUGGAGUCGAUCAUCAAGCUUCAACUAGUUUGUUUUAAUCCUCUUUCUGAGUACUAUUUUACUUCGUGUUACAGUCAAAUUUGCUACAAGCUUGUGGAAUAUGUAGCUUGAACCUGUACAGUUAUUUUUUUCUUUUUUUUUUUUUU